AUGGCAUCUGAUAGAUUGCAAGAACAGUUACUAAAUGGCCAAAUAAAUAAUGACAACUCCUGCAAGUAUAUAAAUAACACUACUGUUUUUACAAGAUUAAUAUAUAUUCUAGGAAUUCUGAUUCGUUUAGUAAUUUACUACUAUGGGUUAUGGCAAGAUAACAAUUUAGAUGUAAAAUUUACGGAUAUUGAUUAUUAUGUUUUUUCCGAUGCUGCAAGAUAUGUAUUAAAUAAUAAGUCACCUUAUAAUAGAUACACGUAUAGAUACACACCUCUAUUAGCUUACUUAAUGCUACCAAACAUUUUCAUUCAUUUUUCUUUUGGGAAAAUUCUCUUUUCAUCCAUAGAUUUAUUAGUUAGUAUCAUUAUAAUUAAAAUUAUAAAAAUUAAAUAUCCUGAAUGCAAAAAUUAUAUAUUUUAUGUUUACUUAUGGAUCUUAAAUCCGUUAGUCAUCAUCAUAUCUCUUAGGGGAAAUUCAGAUUCCAUUCCUUGCUUAUUUGUUUUAUUAACAAUACUUUGUAUUUAUCAAAAAAAAAUUUGUCUGUCUGCUAUUUUUUAUGGGUUAGCUGUUAAUUUUAAGAUUUACCCAAUUAUUUAUUCUCUACCCUUAAUAUAUGGGCGUAAGUUUUUGUAUGAAUCAUUCAUUUACCAUUUAGUUAGAAGGGACCAUAGACAUAAUUUUUCCCUUUUUUUUUACAUUAUGUACUUAAGUAUUGAAAAAAGCUCAAAGAUUAUACCUCUAAUAAUAUUUGUGCCUCAAGUUAUUUUAGUAGGAUUAUUUGGUUUUAAAUAUGCUAAGGUGAAUUUGGAAUUGUCUAUGUUUUUACAGACUAUAGCGUUUAUUGCUAUGAAUAAAGUAUGCACCUCUCAGUACUUUAUAUGGUGCCUUCCAUUUAUGCCUAUUGUCCUAUGUUCCAUAACCUUAAACAGGAGAAAUUUGGCCCUUAUCAUGUGUGCAGUGCUUUUUUUUGUCUUAUCGAAGUCAUAUUGGCUUUUGUGGGCGUACUAUCUUGAAUUUAAGGGAUAUAACUCUUUUCUGAAAUUGUUUUAUUCUUCCAUUUUAUUCGUUAUAUCUGAGAUGACAAUAUGUUGGGUUUUUAUGUAUAUGCAUUAUAAGGAAGAAAAGACAAAAACAAGUUAA